GAUCAAGAACGCUGAGAGCUACACUGAGCCGGAGCUCGGAUGGGAGUCGUAGGCCGAGAGCUUCCAUCACCAGAGUGCAAGCUCUCCGGCUGAAAGCCUCCGGGAGGAACCCGGCCGGGACUUUCAACUUCCGUACGCCCUGAGAUGAGAACAUGAGUGUGAGCAGGUCAACCGAUGUCGUCGAAGGAACACUCUGCAAGUGGACGAACUUGUGGAACGGGUGGCAGCCCCGCUGGUUCGUCCUCGAGAAAGGAGUUCUCACCUACUAUAAAAGUCGAGAAGAAGUCUGUCAGGGCUGCAAGGGGAGCGUCAAGGUGUCUGCUUGUGAAAUUGUUCCUCAUCACGUGAACUCAAAGAGACUCGACAUCAUAAUUCCGUCGGAGCAGCAUUAUUAUCUUAUGGCCCAAUCCGAAACAGAGCGGCAGAUUUGGCUCGUUGCUCUGGGAAGUGUAAAACAAGCGGCCUUCUCGGCUGAAACCGCCACUGCAGUCUCGACGAACACGGUCCCUGAACUCGUGCAUUCGAUCAAGAAGAAGAAAACUAAGCUGCGUUGGUAUUGUGAUCAGCUCAUGCAACAGGUGCACACAAUAAAAAACAGCGAGGACGCGGAUGAGAGAGUAGAAGCGGCGGGACGCUUGAACGCAACAUGUGAUAUGUUCAUCCGCUGUCUUGAAGAUUGCGUGGACUACACUGAGUCCACGGCAGCCGAUGAUGGCGAAGCCAAGGAAAUUCGCUCCACGAUACCCGCUUUCAAUGGAGCGCAGAGCGCGAUAACAGGAAUGGUCGGCGCUCUGGAGAAGCAGAAGAAAUCUCAAAGGCCGUCAUCAACUUCGUCUCAGCACAGCGGCCGGGAUCGUAGCACUCGGACCGACUCCCUCAAUAUUAAGGACAAUGAUGAGUCAGAAUCACGAGGGGACGAAGUGUUCCUCGACCUGAACGGAAACAACGACGACUCAGACAGUCGACGAAUCUCUACUGAGUCCCUGAUCCAGAGAGAAAGCUCCGGAGCUGUUGCGCUCGUCGGUGGCUCAAGUGCGGAGGAUCAGGUUCCCACGUUUUUCACCUUGAUGGAGCAUUCCUUCACGAAGCUCAAGCUCGAGAGCAACGAUAUCCCUCUGGGGGAGUUUCUCCUCUGCUGCGAGGGAAUAGUACCAGUUUUCGACGUCCUCGGCUCUACGGCGUUUGCUCCUGUGAAAAUGGACAUACAAGGCAAUAUCAGCAAGCUACAGAAGCACGGAACGGAAACGGGAUGUACCUUCCUCCUCGCCCUAAUCCAACGCGAGCUGGACAUGAAAACGACGACACAGGCAGGUUCAGCGACGGACGCACUACUAUGGCUGAAACGAGCCCUCGCAUUCAUUCGUAUCUUCCUCCACGAGGCCUGUCAGUCGGCAGAUGUCGACUUGGCGCUGUGUGCGACGAAAGCCUACGGAGAAACCCUGAGAAAACAUCACAAUUUCGUCGUGAGGGGCGUAUUCUCCGUGGCGAUCCGAGCUCUGCCUUACUACUCGACGUUCGUCAAAAGUCUUGCCCCGUCGCCCGCCGUGGCAAAUAAUCCCGCCUACGAGACCACGCUGAAAAGCGAUGGAAUCGAGUACACCAAGCAUCUCCAGAUAGUCGUAACCACGAUCGACACCUUCUACGUGAGGAACGACAUCGUCUCCCCGCAGAAUCUCUGAUUCGGAGCGCACGACUCCGGAAGAGAUCAAGAACGAUUACGGACAUCGAAGUGAUUUCCUGCGACUUUCUCCGGGCGUUUUGUGAAGCCGAGAUACCGUCGAUAGCGAUAUCGAAGUUUCCCUGCUCAGUCGCGAUUUCCAAGCUAGUCAGAGUUACUCUCAAGACAUGCGGCACUAGUCUCUAUCGGCUAUCAGAGUCAAUCGAAGAUUUAUUGUAAGGUUCGGUUAAUUCAUUUUUCGAGGAAGUAUGUCAAUAAAGUUGUUACCGGA